AUUUUCUGGUACGUCUUUCAGUGUUCAGUCAAAAAGCUACUGAUCCAAGGGAACCCAUUUCAAGAAAUCUUGAUUUUCCAAAUGGGGUUUCUCCAAUGAACCCUAAAACCUCCCCAAAUUUCACGUCGUUUUCUGCCAUUUGUUUGAUUUGAAUUUCAUAUUCACUGGGAUGGUUGUUGUAUGGGAGAUAUGGGCUAUUGUGAUUCUUGGGUUUUCUCAGGUUCUUGCGAAUUCGCAAAACCUGACCUGCAAUUCCAGUGAUUUAAGAGCAUUAAGAGGUUUCAUGGAUGGAUUGGAAUCCCCCAUUGAUGGAUGGUGGCCUACGAAUUCAUCAUCACUGUCCUCUUCUUUCGAUUGCUGUAAUUGGGUCGGAAUUAAGUGCAAUUCCAAUUCUGGUAGGAUUGUUGGAUUAGAACUCCCAAAGAAAAGAUUAACUGGUAGUUUAUCUGAUCUUAUUUCCAAUUUAGAUCACCUUAAAACACUCAAUCUUUCUAACAAUUUUCUCACUGGCCCUCUUCCCAUUUCUUUAUUUCAUUUGACCCAUUUGGAAGUUCUUGAUUUAAGUCGUAAUGGAUUCAAUGGUGUUUUCCCAGUUAGCAUACGCCUUCCUGCACUUGAGGAAUUGGAUUUUUCUGAUAAUUUCUUCAGCGGUUCCAUUCCUGGUAUUUGCGUUAAUUCCACCGGAAUUCGUGUACUUAAAUUUGCUGUGAAUUCCUUGACCGGAAUCAUCCCACCGGAACUCCGGAAUUGUUCAUUCUUGAACCAUCUGUGUAUAGCUUCCAAUUCUCUUUCAGGUGCCAUUCCGGAGUUCUUAUUCCAGUUACCAAGAUUGGGGGUAUUGGAUCUUCAAGAUAACAUGUUCACUGCCAUCAGCGAAAUCGGUAAUUCCUCCGGUGGUCUUAUUAGUCUUGAUGUUUCCUGUAAUCGUUUAUCGGGAAAUUUACCUGAUUUCUUUCGUAAAUUUCCAAACUUGAGUCGUUUCUCAGCUCGAUCGAAUGGUUUUUCUGGUGGGAUUCCGGCAUCAUUGUUGAAUUCACCCGCCAUUUCGUUUCUUAAUUUGAGAAACAAUUCUUUGGAUGGUUCGAUUGAAUUCAAUUGGUCGAUGAUGACUAACCUUACCUCACUUGAUCUCGGUUCCAAUAACUUUUCGGGUUUCAUUCCGGAUGAUCUUUCUUCUUGCCGGAAGCUAAAAGCUAUAAAUCUUGCCAGAAACAAAUUUUCCGGCCAAAUCCCAGAAAGUUUCAAGAAUUUCCGAUCGUUAUCAUAUCUUUCUCUCUCGAAUUGCAGCUUCAGUAACCUCUCGACCACUCUCAAAAUCCUUCAGCACUGUCCCAAUCUAACGGUGUUAGUUCUAACGAUGAACUUUCAUAGCGAAAAACUGCCGGAUGAUAGUUUUCAAUUCAAUGCACUCAAAGCUCUUGUGAUCGCCAAUUGUGGACUUGUGGGAAGCAUUCCGCCAUGGCUAAAAGGUUUAACACAAUUGCAGUUGCUGGAUUUAUCGUGGAAUCAGUUAGACGGAUCGAUUCCGCCUUAUUUGGGUGAUUUCCGGUCUCUGUUUUACUUGGAUUUAUCCAACAACUCUUUAUCGGGAGAGAUACCGAAGAAUCUUACGCAAUUACAGAGCCUCAGUUUGUGGGAUAUCUCGUUAGAAGAGGGUUCGCCGGAUUUCCCCUUUUUCCGGCGACCAAACAUGAGUAACAGAGGGUCGGCGUUGCAGUACAAUCAAAUAAUGAGCUUUCCGCCAUUACUGGAUCUCAGUAACAACUUCCUCAAUGGCUCAAUCUGGCCGGAAUUCGGGAAUUUGAAAAGAUUACAUGUUUUGGAUCUGAAACACAACGAUUUAUCUGGUGAAAUUCCGAGUUCUUUAUCGGGUAUGGCGAGUAUAGAGACUCUUGAUCUGUCGUAUAACAAUCUGACCGGAAUGAUCCCGCCUUCUUUGGUGAAUUUGAGUUUUUUGUCGAAAUUCAGUGUUGCGUACAACAAUCUGAGCGGGUUAAUCCCGAAUAGAGGUCAAUUCGCAACGUUUGCAAACUUGAGCUUUGAAGGAAACGAACUAUUAUGUGGCAGUGGACGUGGAUCGGCUUGUGGGAAUCGAGUCUUUCCGCAAUUGCCAACCAGGGAAUCGAAGAAAAGUAAAGGGAAAAUCGCGGGUAUGGCUGUCGGGAUCGGAUUCGGGACGUUAUUUCUUCUUGCUCUCAUGUUCUUGAUCAUAAUUCGCGCAACCGGCAGACAAGAGGUCGAUCCAGAGAACGAAGAUGGCGAUGAUGGGAAAAAGGAAGAACUCGAAACAAGAUUAAUCGUUUUUUUCCGAACCAAAGGUAAUGGAAACGAUGAAAAAGAGUUUUCGCUCGAUGAUCUUUUGAAAUCGACCAAUAGUUUCGAUCAGGCCAACAUCAUUGGGUGUGGCGGGUUCGGGCUCGUCUUCAAAGCCACACUCCCCGAUGGCCGGAAAGUAGCCAUCAAACGGUUAUCUGGAGACACCGGUCAGGCCGAUCGAGAGUUCCAAGCCGAAGUCGAAACACUGUCGAGAGCUCAGCAUCCGAAUCUCGUCCUCCUUCAAGGGUAUUGCCAACACAAUAACGACCGGUUAUUAAUCUAUUCGUUUAUGGAAAAUGGUAGUCUCGACUAUUGGCUACACGAAAAACCCGACGGACCUACCAAACUCAACUGGUCCACGAGGCUAAAUAUCGCGAAGGGAGCCAUCAACGGGCUCGCUUACUUGCACCAAUCAUGCGAUCCCCAUAUCCUUCAUCGCGAUAUAAAGUCAAGCAACAUCCUUCUAGAUGAGAAUUUUGAAGCCCAUUUGGCUGAUUUCGGGCUUGCGAGACUCAUUUUACCGUAUGACACUCAUGUAACAACGGAUUUAGUCGGAACCUUGGGCUACAUUCCACCCGAAUACGGUCAAGCCUCGGUUGCAUCGUACAAAGGAGAUGUUUAUAGUUUUGGGGUUGUUCUUUUGGAGCUUUUGACCGGAAAAAGGCCGAUGGAUAUGUGCAAACCGAAAGGUAGCCGAGACUUGAUCUCGUGGGUGAUGCAAAUGAAGAAGGAAAAACGGGAGAUCGAGGUUUUUGAUCCGAUCGUUUUCGAUAAAGAAAACGGGAAGCAGAUGUUGUGGGUUCUCGAGGUCGCUUGCGUUUGUUUGAACGAGUCUCCAAAGUUACGACCUUCGACUCGAGAACUGCUUUCGUGGCUUCAUCACGGUGGGCUCAAUGCGUGACCUUUUUCGUUCGUCGGUUUGUUUCGUUUUCCGUAUUUUCGUUUUCGGUGUAUAUACACAUAAGAAGAGGAGAAGAAAAAAAACAGGUUUCAGAAAUCGUUGUAAGAGUGAUACAUGUUUUCAAAGAUUGUUUCUAUUCGUUUCAUCAAAUGUGUUAAGUUGAUUCACAAGUGAAUGUAAAUGAUGUUAAUCAA